UUUGUCGUUUUUUGAUGGAUUGAGCUGAUGCUUAUCCGGUGGAUCUGAUCAAAUAAUACGCAGUUUCUUUAUUCUUCUUCUUUAAAUCCCAGUUAGCUAUUUGCUGUUGUAAGCAGAGAAGUCUCCUCCUUGACAAACCCAAACCCAAACCCAAACCCAAACCCUGUCGAGUCUUCUUCUCACUUUGAAACAGAUACUUGCAUAAAUCCUUACAAGAAUCAUAUAUAUAGAAUCUCUCACUUUAUACUUUGUUACUUAUUGCAAGAAAAUAUCAAAUUUGGUUCGCUUGUAGAAAUUUCCAUAUGGUUAGUUGGGUUUGUGAUUCAAAAGAAAGAAAGAAAUGCUGCUCAUGAGAAGCUUAUCGACACCAAUCUUAAACUCAUGGUUAUGUCACUCCAAAGACUGUUGUUCAUCACCAGACCCCGACUUCCCCAUUCUCCAAAGAUCCGGAUCAGUCUCUUUGUACACCCCAGCUUCCAUUGAUGACCAUAAACAUAAACAACUCAAUAUCCCAAAACCAAGAAAAGAAGAGGGCAAACCCAUGAUACCAACACCGCACUCUCUCGACCUCCACAAACAAGCAGAGCAGGAAAGUGAUGACCAAGAACAAGAGUCAGAACCCAAGUCUUGUUCCAUCCAAACACUAUUUUCAAUUUCUGAGUUGGGAGAAAGAGUAGUGGAUGAUGAUGAAGUUAGUAAUGUGACGGAUGGUGGUAGUAUCUGCGGCCCUGGAGAUGAUUGUGGUGGCGGCGGCUCAGGGUUAUUUGAGACUGACAGCACUAAUGUUUACUACCAGAAAAUGAUUGAAGCAAAUCCUGGUAAUCCGCUUUUUCUUGGGAAUUAUGCCAAGUUUUUGAAAGAGAUUAGAGGGGAUUUUGGCAGAGCUGAGGAGUACUGCGAGCGAGCAAUUUUGGCAAAUACUAAUGAUGGAAAUGUUUUGUCACUCUAUGCUCUUCUAAUUUGGGAAAACCAAAAGGAUGCUCAUAGAGCCCAAACUUACUUUGAUCAAGCUGUUCAGGCUUCCCCACAUGACUGUUUUCUCCUGGCUUCAUACGCAAAAUUUCUUUGGGAUGCAGAAGAAGAAGAAGAAGAAGAAGAAGAAGAAGAGCAUAGCGGGCAUGGUGACUGGUGAGAGUGGACAAGAAACUGAUAACCAUGUACAUCGUCCAGAUUUCUGUCUUCGGCUUCCUCAACAUCCGUCCAUAACCGCACCUUCUUAACUUAUAAGUAUCAAUGUAUGUUCAAAAACUGACUUGCUGGGAAAUCCUAUCCUACUCUCAAAGUGUGGGUUGUGAGUGUGGGAUGCAGUAUAUAUUCAAUUCGGGUGUACAGGAGGUCUUUCUACACAUUUAUAUGUUGAGAGCUAAUGUAUAGAACACAGUAGAUGACAAUCUCGUGUUGAUUUUCCUCAUUCACUGCAUCUCGUAACAAUAAUUUUGCCUACAUAUAUAUAAUAAGAAGUCAUUUGUAAAUAUCAA